CAAACUAUCGACCACAGAACACCUCUGGACUCGACAACAAGUAAUUUGACGUUUCGCAGCGCCACCAUCGGUAGUUGAACUCACGAAUAGUCUAUAACCUCAUUUAUUCUUUGCACUUUGCUUCAAUAAUAACAACGUGUUAGGGAGAAAAUAUUAAAAUAUCGUCGAUUUAUGUGAGUGACUAACUGCAAACAAUGUCUAGUACCGGUAGCAAACAGGUGGAAGUCCUAGUGGUGGACACAACGGCGUUUAUCCAAAAUGCGCCCCUUCAGCAAAUCGCAGACAAAAUGGUUACAUGCCAAGAAGUCGUUGACGAAAUCCGAAAUAAACGCCAGUUGAGGCGGCUAGUCGUGCUUCCAUAUGAUCUGGAGAUCAAACACGUUUUUCCCGAAAAUGUGCAAUUAAUUACAGAGUUUUCGAAGAAAACCGGCGAUUAUCCGAGUUUAUCGCUCACUGACAUCAAGGUGAUGGCCCUGACUUACCAGCUGGAGAAGGAGAAAGUCGGCACUGCCCAUUUGAGAACGGAGCCAGUUCAGGAUAGACCCAUUGUAAACACUGAAAAACCCGCCGAUGAAAUCCAUCCGGACAUCACGGGGUUCUUCCUGCCUGGCAGCCAAAACCCGCAUAAUGCUGAAACAGAUGAAUCAGCCCAGGAAAUCGACCCAAUUCAAGCGGAAAAAGACAUGGCAAUUGAGCUUCAAGAAUUCAGCGCGAAAUUUGAGAAACUCAACUGCAAUGAUGAUGAUCUAAAAGUGGAAGAAGACAUUCUAGUGCCUGUGAAAGACGAGUCGUGUUCCGAGGAAGAACAGUCUUCCAGUGAGUCGCAGGAGGACGAAGAUGAAGAGGUUGGCUGGAUCACCCCUGCGAACAUAGCGAUCGCUAAGAAGCAAGUGAAUUCCCAACUGAUGGAGGAAAAACACGUGCAGGUUGCCUGCAUGACCACUGACUUUGCGAUGCAGAACGUCCUACGGCAGAUAAACCUGAAUGUCUCCGCACUGGACGGCCGGAUAAUCAAGCAAUUGAGAACUUACAUCUUCAGAUGUUACUCGUGCUUCAAAACCACCAGCAUAAUGACAAAGAAGUUUUGCCCAAAAUGCGGCAACAGCACGCUAAAACGGGUGGGCGCAUCUCUGGACGAAAACGGCAAAAUGCAGAUCCACAUCAACUCAAGAAGACCAUUGACUGGUCGUGGGAAAAAGUUCAGUCUGCCUAGAAUCCAAGGAGGCAAACAUCCGAAUAAUCCCAUUUUAGUCGAAGACCAGCCCAUGCCGGAUAAUAGACCGACUCGACUAGCUAGAAUGAAAUGUAAUCCACUGGAUGAUGACUACACUGCAGGUUAUUCCCCCUUUAUUAUGCGCGAUGUCUACUCAAAGUCAGCUCAGUUGGGGAUAAGGCCUGGCGUCGAGUUCAAACAGUGGAUGAAGAGGAACCCGAACGAGUCCCGAAGGAAACGCAAAUGAUUUUUUCACAGUAAUUAAAAUAUUUGUUUUUCAUCUCUUGAUGGGGAUUGAGAGAUUUUUGUAAAAAAGUUCCAAUAGUUACAUUGCAAGGCAAAGUUUGACCUUUAAAAAUUAAUACAAAUUAAUUUACCUGCAAAAA